AUGGCUACCCCGACCGAUGCCGGACGUAUCUUUGAGCAAGAGGUCAGUUAUUACACGUGUUGCAACCGCUUGGUAUCCCACACUGACGCGUAUCAUGUCCGUUCAUCCACCAAUCCAUCACCGUCAACUCCCCAACGCGAACUCGCUUUCGCAAAGGCGCUCCGCAUCUUGCUCGUCGGCAGCGGAGGCCGUGAGCAUGCGCUCGCCUGGAAGCUUGAACAAUCAUCAAAGGUCGAAAGGAUCUUUGUUGCUCCUGGCAAGUCCAUCCUUACUGAAGCUGCAGGUUGCCUCUGCCCAUCGGCUCCGCUGAUCGCGAAUGCUGGACUAACCUCCGAUUCCCUUCUCUUGGUGAUUCACCCUGUAAAUGUGCCUUGCAGGUAACGGCGGCACAACCUUUGGCACCAAGGUCACCUCGAUUCCCGUCCAGUCGACCGACUUUGCUGGAUUGCGCGCCUUCGCUCUCGAGAACGAUGUCAGUCUCGGCGCACUCAGGGUCUUACGUCUCGGGACGAGAAUCUGACGCUCUCUCUCUCGCAUCCUGUCGAUUUACAGGUCAACUUUGUCGUCGUCGGACCCGAGCAACCUCUUGUCGAUGGAUUAGAGACCGUUUUCCGCAAAGGUGCGUCGGGUGCAAAACUUUACCUCGAAUUUUCAUGUCCCUGCAAGUUGCUCAUCUAUCUUGCUCCCCCGGAAAUGCAGUCGGAAUCCCCGUCUUUGGUCCUUCGGUCAAGGCCGCCGCGAUGGAAGGCUCCAAGACCUUCUCCAAGGAUUUCAUGGCGCGACACAACAUCCCGACGGCGCAGUACAAGAACCUCCACUCCUACGACGAAGCCGUCGAAUACGUCAAGUCGGUGCCUCACGACAUCGUCAUCAAGGCCUCGGGUCUCGCAGGUGGCAAAGGUGUCAUCAUCCCUUCGACCAAGGAGGAAGCGUUCCAAGGCUUGAAGGAGAUCAUGGUUUCUAAGGAGUUCGGUACGGCCGGUGACGAGGUCGUCGUCGAAGAGUGCCUUGUCGGUCAAGAGAUCAGUAUCCUUUCCUUCUCCGACGGGUACACCGCCGUCUCCCUCCCCGGUGCUCAGGAUCACAAGCGUAUCGGUGAAGGCGAUACGGGACCCAAUACCGGCGGUAUGGGAACUUACUCUCCCGCCCCUUGCGCGACCAAAGACGUCGAGGCCGAGAUCCACCGCACCAUCGUGCAACCGACGAUCGACGGCAUGCGCAAGGACGGUAUCCCCUUUGUCGGUCUCCUCUUCACGGGCAUCAUGUUGACCGCCGAUGGACCCAAGGUCCUCGAAUACAACGUUCGCUUCGGUGAUCCCGAGACACAGUCCCUCCUGGCGCUCUUGGCCGCCGAGACGGAUUUGGCCGAGAUCAUGCUCGCUUGCGUCGAAGGCCGACUCGACUCGAUCAAGAUCGCGAUGAAGGACCAGGCCGCCGUCACCGUCGUUUUGGCUUCCAAGGGGUACCCCGGGAAAUACGGAAAGGGCGUCGAGAUCACCUUUGACGAGUUGCCGAAGGACGUCGUCGUCUUCCACGCCGGAACGGCCAAGUCGACCGACGGCAAGGUCCUCACCGAUGGUGGUCGCGUACUCGCCGUCACGGCCACAGCAGCAACUUUGAAGGAAGCCCAGGCCCUCGCUUACAAGGGUGUCACAUGCGUCCAUUUUGAGGGCGCUACCUUCCGCAAGGACAUUGCGUACCGAGCCUUCCUCGAAGGAUCGGCCGCCGCCGCCCCUGCUGGGUUCACCUACGCCUCGGCCGGUGUCUCGAUCGACGCUGGUAACGCUCUCGUCGACUUGAUCAAGCCUAUCGUCAAAGCGACGAAGCGGAUCGGGUCCGACUCCGUCAUCGGUGGUUUCGGAGGUUUGUUCGAUCUCAAAGCCGCGGGGUUCAAGGACCCGAUCCUCGUCGCCGGUACGGACGGUGUCGGGACCAAGCUCAAGCUCGCACAAAACUACAACAAGCACGACACGAUCGGUAUCGACCUUGUCGCGAUGAGUGUGAACGACUUGAUCGUUCAAGGUGCCGAACCGCUCUUCUUCCUCGAUUACUAUGCGUGCGGACACCUUGACGUCCCUAUGGCCGCGGAUGUGGUCAAAGGCGUGGCUGAUGGAUGUAUCGAGGCGGGCUGCGCCCUUGUCGGCGGUGAGACGGCUGAAAUGCCAUCCCUCUACCACGGUAACGACUACGACGUUGCCGGUUUCGCCGUCGGGGCCGUCGAAAGGGAACUCCUCCUGCCGACACCUAACAUCGCAGUGGGUGACGUUCUGCUCGGUAUCGCUUCCUCGGGUAUUCAUUCGAAUGGGUUCUCCCUCGUGCGCAAAAUUGUCGAUGCGCAUGGUAUGGAUUUGCACGCGUCUACGACGUGGAACAAGGAUCUCGAACUCGGUGCGGCGUUGCUCGAACCGACGGUGAUCUACGUCAAACAAUUGCUCCCUUCCAUCCGUCGAGGGGAUCUCAAAGGAUUGUCGCACAUCACCGGUGGAGGCUUCACGGAGAACGUACCCCGUGUGCUUCCCAAAGGCGUAGGUUGCUGGGUCGAUGCCUCCUCGUUCGAGUUCCUACCCUUGUUCAAGAUGUUGAUGAAGUUGGGGCGGGUCGACCCUAACGAGAUGGCGAGGACGUUCAACUGCGGGAUCGGGAUCGUCGUCGUCGUCGCGAAGGAGAAGGCGGAACGAGUCAAGGAGGACUUGGAGGCGAAUGGCAAGAGUAAGGUGUAUCAGAUUGGGGAGGUGCAAGAAGGUGAGGGGUGCGUGAUGAGGAAUUUGGAGGCUUGGUCCAGGGAUUGA